AGUAAUUUUUAGGGUUCAUACACAAAAUUUGUUGAAGCGAUGGAACUAGACUUCAAGUGUUCCGAUGUUGGAGUUUGGAAGGAGGCUCUGUCUUCCUACGAAUCCCGAAUCGAGUCACUCAACAAACCAGACCUCGUCUCUCUCGACCAAUUUUACCGCGUAAAACUCCCUUCUCUUCUUCACGACCGAGAUCCUGACCCUUACCUCACCACUUCCGAGCUUUCUCAACUCAUGAAAUGGAAGCUCUCUCGUGGAAAAUGGCGGCCGCGUCUGCUGGAUUUCGUGUCGUCUCUAGACGAUUCAGUGGUGAAAUCUGCUUCUGAGAAAGCUUUUAAAUCGCUUCCUGACAUCUCCAAGGCUGUGAAAGAGCUCACUGUACUUAAGGGCGUUGGUCCAGCAACCGCUUCCGCCGUUCUGGCUGCUUACGCCCCUGACAUUGCACCAUUUAUGUCCGACGAGGCAAUGGAGGUGGCUCUCGGGAACUCAAAGGAUUACUCUUUGAAGCAAUACUUGUUGUUUGUUACUAAGCUACAAGAUAAAUCCAAUGAAUUAAAGCUGAAGGGAGAGUGGGAUGGGCCUUCAGAUGUUGAAAGAGCUCUAUGGAGUUGUACUGUGCGUGCAAAGUCACAGCCAGAGAAGAGCUCUUCCGGGAAGAAAAGAAAACGGUAGGUGAUAAUAUUUCUAUCUAAUUCACCUUCUAUCCAUUGUUAAGAUCAACCAUAUGUCAGCUCUUCUGGAAGUCAUAUAUGUAAUUGUUCAACUGUGGGAAUCGAAAGAUGAUUCUAUUUUUAUCUACAAAGCAAUUAAAAUCAAACAAUUGACUUGUU